AUGCAAAAUCAUAAUAAAGCUCAGAAGAGCCAAAUCCCCAUCGCGGUAAUCGGCGUCUCCUGUCGCUUGCCCGGACAGAUAAGCACGCCCGACGAAUUCUGGCGAUUCUGCUGUCAAGCCCGAAGUGCAUGGUCCGAGAUCCCUUCUUCCAGAUUCUCAGUCGAUGCAUACUAUCAUCCCAAUCCUGAUCAGCAGGGUGCCACGAACACCCGGGGUGGUCAUUUCCUGGACGAUGUCGCGCAUUUCGAUGCCGCCUUUUUUGAGAUGUCUGCGGAGGAGGCGAUGGCGGCCGAUCCCCAGCAGCGUCUCAUGCUGGAAUGCGCCUAUGAGGCCAUUGAGAGUGCCGGAAUCUCGAAAGCGAAGGUCGCAGGGGAACGGGUUGGAGUCUUCGCCGCUGGCUCAUUCAGCGAUUAUGAAUUGAGCAAUUUCCGGGAUCUCCAGAAUACCCCGACCUUUCAGGCGACUGGCUGCGCCGCAUCAUUUCUCUCGAACAGGCUCUCGCAUUUCUUUGAUUUCACGGGGCCGAGUUUGACCGUGGACACAGCAUGCUCCUCCAGUCUGUCAGCGUUGCAUCUGGCGUGUCAAAGCUUGAAGAGUGGCGAGUCAACUCAUGCCCUGGUCGGGGGCUGUCAUCUGAACCUGAUGCCCGAUUAUUAUAUCUCAUACUCUUUAUCAAGGUUAUUCUCCGAUAGCGGCAAGUGCUUCUCAUUUGAUCAUCGAGGAGAUUCGGGUUUUGGCCGAGGUGAAGGCGUUGGUUGUGUCAUGCUCAAACGGUUAGAUGAUGCCAUCGCCGCCGGUGAUACCAUUCGCGCGGUCAUAGCCAACACUGGAAUCAAUCAGGAUGGCCAUACGCCGGGGAUCGGCGUUCCAAGCUGCAAAGCUCAAAAAAGACUGAUGGAGACAGUAUACCAGGCCGCUGGCAUCAACCCUCGCGAGACAGGCUAUGUUGAAGCUCACGGAACAGGCACCAAGACUGGAGACCCCAUCGAAGCUCGUGCCUUGCAUGAGUUCUUCGGGCAUGAUAGACCACGGGAGACACCCCUACUGGUUGGAUCGGUGAAGUCGAAUUUUGGCCACGCGGAGGGGGCAAGCGGUAUUGUCUCGGUAGUAAAGACCAUUAUGAUGCUAGAAAAAGGAUUCGUACUACCGAAUUGUAAUUUCGAGCGGUGCAGAGAUGACAUCCCCAUGGACCGGUGGGGUUUGAAGGUGCCCACCAAGUUAGUCCCGUGGCCCAAGGGAAAGUCAUACGCAUGUAUCAACAAUUUUGGCCUCGGAGGGACGAAUGCGAUGGCGAUUUUGCAAAAGGCGCCAGUUUCCGAGCCGGCACAAUCCCCUGUCCUCCAGAAAAGACGCUCUCUUGUGCCGCGGAAAAGGGGUCCACCAAUACGUCGAGUCUACGUUUUUUCAGGGUCUAACGAAGAUGCGGUACACAAUCAGGCCAAGGGAAUCAAGGCCUACUUGCAGGCUCAUCCAGAACAGUUCGACAACCAACUCAUCGCAAACUUGGCAUAUACACUUUGCGAGCGACGCACAGUUUUGCCAUGGAAAGCAGCGGUCUCCGCUCGGUCGACGAAAGAAUUGAUUUCUGUUUUAGAUGGUAAAAUCCAAGCUCGUCGAUCUAUCAAGGUAGCAACGGUUGCUUUCGCUUUCACGGGCCAGGGAGCUCAGUGGUACGCCAUGGGAAGGGAACUCUUUGGUGCUUACCCGGUUUUCGCGGAAUCUAUGCGCAAGGCAGAUGAGUAUCUCUCCGGUCUUCGUGCUGGAUUUACUUUGACGGAUGAACUCUUCAAGGAUGAGCUCAAGUCGUUGCUAUCGCGCCCAAAGAUCGGCCAAUCUGCAUGCACGGCUAUCCAAAUUGCCCUGACAGACCUUCUUCGCUCAUGGGGGGUCACUCCGAGAGCUGUCAUCGGCCACUCAAGUGGUGAAAUUGCAGCCGCAUACGCCGCAGGUGUCGUAGGCUUCGGUGACGCCCUGACCCUUGCAUUCGGGCGUGGUUUGGCUGCUGAAUCACUACGAAAGGAUCACGCCAAUUUGAAGGGUGGUAUGGUGGUCGUGCGCACCUCCCUGGAUGAUGCCAAAGCUUUGGUGAACGAUGUCACACUUGGACGUGUUUCCAUUGCGUGCAUCAAUAGCCCACGCAGUAUUACGGUCUCGGGUAGCCAAGAAGGCCUCGCGGAACUACAGAAAUUAGCAGAUUCGAGGUCGAUAUUCUACCGAAGGCUGAAGGUCGAUGUGGCAUACCAUUCUCACCACAUGGAGCAAGUUGCGGAUAAGUAUCGGGCAAUUAUUAAGGACAUAGUGGCGACCGAUUCUGAUACGGCAUUCUAUUCCUCUGCACGUGGGCGUCGACUCGCCGGCUCCAACCUUCAGCCCUCGUAUUGGAUCGAAAAUUUCAUAUCCCCCGUACUGUUCUCUGCAGGUCUGAGUGCGUUAUUGAAAGAAUCUUCGUCCGCAUCGAAAAUUAGUUGUCUCGUGGAGAUAGGCCCGUCGGCGUCUCUGGAAAGUCCCAUCAAGGACAUCCUCAAACUAGACGGUAUUGCAGACCCUCCGAGCUAUAUCGCCAGUUUGCGCAAGGACAAAGAUGCCGUGGAAGCAGUCCACGACAUGGUUGGAAUGCUAUUUUUUCAUAGCCAGGCGAUCAACUUCCCUGCGAUCAACUUCCCCCAGGCUGACGCGCCAAAGCCCCGUCUAUUGACUGACCUUCCACGCUACUCGUGGAACCACACCAAGCCCUACUGGUAUUCUACGCGAAUCGGUCAAAACAUCAACCACCCACGAUUCCCCCGCAAUGAAUUGAUUGGGGCACGAUCGGUAGAGUCAAAUGAGCUGCACCCUCAAUGGAGGAUGAUCCUUCGUGCAGACGAUCACCCCUGGGUGCGACAUCAUCAAUUUGACGGAUAUAACGUAUAUCCUUUGGCUGGUUAUGUCGCAAUGGCGAUUGAGGCAGUGUCGCAACAGGCAAUUAUCAACAACAUCGAUUACAACACCUUCAAUCUCAGGGAAGUGUCAGCCAGCAAAGCACUUGUUGUUCCCAACACAAGUGCUGUGGAGAUCAUGAUCGCGCUGCAGCCUCAUGCAGAAGGGACGCGGAAUACAUCGAGUACAUGGACUGAGUUUCACAUUACGUCGUGGACGGAAAAUAAAGGGUGGGAAGAGAACUGCCACGGGCUUAUCUCUGUUCAGAACUCAUUGAAAUCGAAUCCGAUCAAUGGCGAGAUGCUCCUCCAAAGCCAGUCAGAAGCAGUCACCCAAAAGCUAUCGACCAUCACAACAGUUUGCAAGCGGGAAAUUAGCCCUCAAGCUCUUUACGACGAGGCUAUUGCCCACGGGAUCAAGUAUGGCCCAUAUUUCAAAGCGUUGGAUGGGUGCUACGUCCACAAGGAUAAUGCAAUGGCCACAGCCGUACUCCCUGACCUUGCCUCGGACAUUUCCCACCCAUCCCCGGUGGAGCUGUUUCUCCACCCGACGACGAUUGAUAUAUGCUUCCAGAUUGUUUGGCCAGUGCUAGGUGCUGGGUCGAAAGAUCUUGGUAAGCAGUAUCUCCCAUCUUCAAUCAAGCACCUUACAGUCCCAAAGCAGACACGUGUGUCUACCGGGGAGCGACUGCGCAUCUAUGGAGAAUGUUCCAGUAGACUAAGCACGGACCAGCCUGUGAACCUGAAUAUAUGGGCUGUUUCGGAUGCAAAUCCCGAAGGUUUGAUACUGCAAGCCGAAGGGUUUGUCAUGACGCCGAUUCUCGAUAAGGAUACUACAGGGAGCGCUGUGCCCGAGCGCCAGCUAUGCUACAAGUUUGACAUGGUUCCGCAUGUUGGAUUCAUGAAAAAGGAUCAAUUAUCGGGCGGCGAACCCGGCUGUCAAGGAAACGAACUGGCAAACAGUAGAAAGAUGAGGCUGCUCAAAGAGGCGUCAGAGUAUUACGUCAAACGAGCUGUGGAGGCUGUGUCUCAAGAAGGGGAGACUUCUAUUGCAGGCCACCCCCAGUUUUUGGGGUGGUGUUCCAAUCCGAACUUUUCCGCAUCCGAUAUACCCCCGAAUGUCGAAGAGGUGUCUGCCCUAGGAGUUUCCGGAGAGAUCGUGUGCGACCUUGGUAGCCAGCUUCCGCAGAUUCUCCAAGGGGAAUUGGAUUCACUGUCUAUCAUAGAAAAGCUCGGCGGGCUGGGCAAGUACAUCGUGGACGUGGGCUCAUUGCAUCAAAAUUAUCAGCAGAUGGCGGACUGCAUUGAUAAGAUGGCGAACCAAAAUCCUGAAAUGGCUAUCCUCGAGGUUGGAGCUGCAACAGGCAGCGCAGCACUUCCUAUUCUGGAGCGCCUCGGCGGUGGAGGAACAGGGCAGCCCCCGAAGUUUCAAAAAUACAUCUUAGGAAAUGUCCCCGAAAGUUCACUGGCAGGCGCUCGGUCUAGGAUCCAAGAAUGGGGUGAUCUUGUUAGUGUGCAGCCGUUAGACCUGGAAACUGAUCUUUUAGGUCAGGGUUACCAGGCGCGCUCAUUCGACGCCGCUGUUGUCCAUCUUCAUCGUGCUUGUCUUACGGAGCAGGUGUUGCAAAAUAUCCACAAAGUGCUCAAGAGCGGCGGAAAGCUAUUCGCUGUUCAAGAUUCUCUGUCAGAGAGUAUCCACCUGCCUCAAGCUCUUCUAAUGCCUGAGUGCUUGGCAGAAAGACAAAAUGACACCGGAAACGGAUCUGAUCGCGCAGGAGAAUAUGCCAAAAUGCUGCAGACAGCCGGAUUUUCCGGCGCUGAUACUUCGGUCAAUGAUGCUCCUGGGGAUCUUGUGGAAAGCACUUGGAGUGUUUUCACCGCUGCCAGGUCAGAGAACACAUUGUGGGGUCGAAAGGUAGCCCUCGUUUUCCAUGAAGAGUUGGAAUGGUUCCCUCUAUCUGCCCUCGCAGAGAGAGUCGAGGCUAUGACUGGCAAUACAGUCCGGAUACAGAUGCUGACCCAAGACACGAAGGUUGAAGACCUGUGUAUAUUUGUCGGGGAAGUGGAGCGACCAUUGCUGUCGGAAACGACACCAGAGGUGUUCCAAUCGAUCCAAGAUCUUCUGACAACAGCCUCUGGAGCACUGUGGAUUGUUCGUGACGCAUAUGCCGGAUGUAAAAAUGCUGCCGCCAACAUGUCUUCCGGUCUUAUAAGAACAGUCCGCUCGGAAACAGGCUUAUCUUUGGCGACACUUGACACAGAUAUUGACGAAACAUCCCCAACGCAGACUGUGGUUGACAAUGUACUCAACGUGUUUAAAUACGUAUUUGGACCAGAAGCUCCCACAGACUGGGUUGAUCUUGAGUUUGUUUCUCGAAAGGGCAUCGUCUCUGUGCCACGCAUCACACAGGACACUCUUACCAACCGCGCAGUGUACCAAGAUCCUAAUGAAUUUUCGUGCGUGCAGCAACAGCUAUACCAGGAGGGGAGGCCCCUUCAGUUGGCGAUCAGGGAAUACGGAAUGCUCUCUUCUCUCUACUUCACAGACAACGAAAAGCUCCUGAAACCCCUGGAAGAUGGCUGGCUCGAACUCGACGUUCACUUUGUUGGACUCAAUUUCAAAGACGUGAUGCACGCGAAUAACCAAAUUUCAGUCGAUGGGUUUGGUAUCGAAUGCAGCGGUGUGGUCACAGCGGUUGGCAAGCACGUUGAAGGCUUCCGGGUCGGGGACAGAAUCUGCGCGAUCACCGAGGGUUGUCUAGCCAGCAAGACUCGCUGCCGGGCAGCAGGCGCGUGGGUUGUGCCAGAGGAAAUGCCACUGGAGGUUGCUGCAAUCAUACCAGUCGUCUUUUGCACGGCGUUCUACAGUUUGAACCGCGCAGCAAUGCUUAUGGAAGGAGAGAGCGUGCUCAUCCAUGCCGCUGCUGGAGGCGUCGGUCAGGCAGCUAUCAUCUUGGCACAGACUGUUGGUGCCAAUAUCUUCGCGACGGUGGGGAGUGUUGAGAAAAAGCAAUUUCUUAUGGAAACCUAUGGAAUCCCGGACAGCCAGAUAUUCUUCAGUCGUGAUCUGUCGUUUGUUGAGGGUGUCAAAUUCGCUACACACGGGAAAGGAGUGGAUGUCCUCUUGAACUCUCUUGCCGGAGAUGCCAUGCGGGCUUCGCUCGAAUGCAUCGCUCCAUUCGGGCGAUUCGUCGAAAUCGGCAAGAGGGACAUAAUGGCCAACUCGCACAUGGAAAUGCUGCCCUUUGACCGCAAUGUUUCGUUCACCGCUGUAGACAUGGGCGUCUUUGCGCGAGACCGGCCGAAGUUGAUGCAGGAUCUGUUUUCCAAUGUCUUCGGGCUGUUUGAGAAUGGGCUUGCGAAGCCUACUAUCCCGAUUAAGCGGUACAGCGUCUCGGAUGUGGAGGCUGCAUUCCAGAUGCUGCAGAGUGGGCGCAGCAUUGGCAAGGUUGUGAUUUCGCUUCGGAAGGAGUCUAUGAUUAAGGUGAGCCCGGCUACUCGGAUGGCGGAGCAUCUCAGAGAAGAUGGUUCAUAUAUUGUGAUCGGUGCUUCUGGGGGCCUCGGUCAAAGCAUCACGUCCUGGCUGGCCAGCCACGGCGCACGAAACAUUAUUCUCGUGUGCCGUCAAAAAGCUAGCAUUGCAGCCAUCAAGGGACAAAUGGACAACCUGCAAGAGAAGGGCAUCAACGUCCGUGCCGUGCAAUGUGACAUCAGCGACAAAGGCCAAGUCGAAACAGUGCUCCUGGGUCAGCUACGCGAGAUGCCAGCCGUGGUGGGAGUUAUCCAUAGCGCCAUGAUCCUACGAGACGUCCUAUUCGAGCGCAUGACCUUCGAAGACUACGACACCGUCAUCCGCCCCAAAGUCCAUGGCAUUUGGAACCUCAGCCAGGUCCUCGAGACAGUAGGAUGCACACUCGAUUUUUUCAUCGCCCUAUCCUCCAUCGCCGGUAUCGUCGGCAACCGCGGCCAAGCGGCCUACUCAGCAGCGAGCACCUUCCUCGACGCCUUCGCCAAGUCGCAGCGCGCCCAAGGAACGCCCUUCACGACCAUCGACCUUGCCCCGCUCUGGGACAUAGGCUAUCUCGCGACGGACGCAACCAAACGCGAUCAAGUCCGCAACACCUUCGGCAAUGAAGCCAUCACGGAGAGAGAAUUCCACCGCCUCCUCGCAGCCGUCAUCUUCACCAACAACCCAGCCCGCCCGGUCAGCGACCACAUAAUAACAGGGAUGGCCGUACCGGCAGAUCAAACAGUCCAAAAGCGCCUCGAGUGGCUCUCAGACCCGAAAUUCUCCCACCUCGUCCGCGCCGCCACCGCCGCCUCCGCCAACACAACCACCACCCAGUCCGACAACUGCCCCGCCACCAUCGCAGCGAAAAUCCAAUCCCCAGGCGAACUGAUCAAAAUGGCGAGGACCCACGACGAAGCCAUCCAUGCCGCAGAGACGGCCCUGGUUCACCGGAUCUCAGAGGUAGCCAUGUGCCCCGUGGAGGACAUCGACCGGGGAAAACCGAUCAUGGUCAGCGGUAUCGAUUCGCUGUCGGCGAUUGGGAUCCGGAAGUGGAUUGUUCGGGAGAUGGAGGCGUCGCUGAGUCUGUUUGAUAUCACCAAUUGUCCGUCUGUGGCGGAGCUUGCCAAGCUAUGCUUAGGGAAGUCGAAGUUGGAGGUUCCUGGGAGGGGUUGA